UAGUGCAGAAAGUUCAGCUAAAAAGAACGUAUCUCAUGUGUAUAAAAAUUUCAAGCAGAGUGAAGAAAAACGAUAUUGUUUACUUACUCUUAAAAUUUACAUCCGGGUGGUCGUGGAGGUGCUAGAUUGAGAUGGAAGUCAUCAAUCAUCUGGACACGAUGGAUGAAAGUACAGAUGAGAAUAUAAUGAGUGACGAUACCGUUGGUGUUGUUUUGGAAGAAGCAGAGAUAGUAGAUUGUGAUGCAGAGGCAGAAGCAGAGGUUGAUGACGAGAAUGUACAGUAUCACUUGUAUGCAGUAAACAGAGGUGAUAAUACAGUAACAUACAAGGUUAUGCAAGUUAGCGAUGCUAACAGGGAGAAUAAUGAAGUUUCAAUAGCUACUCCUGUGAAUAAUGCUGUUCAGGUGUUAGCUUCCCCAGUAAAUGGACAAUUAUAUGUAUUGAGCAAUGGUACUGAUGUUGUUACAUCAGAUACUGCGAGAUCAGUAGCACCUCGUGUAGCAAAGUUACAAAUAGAAGGAUCACAAAAUAUCAUCACAGGCAUAAAAAAGAGGGAUGAAAGGCGAAGAGUAACACACAAUGAGGUUGAGAGACGCAGAAGAGACAAAAUCAACAAUUGGAUAUCUAAAUUGGGGAAACUAUUGCCAGACUGUGACCAAAAUGCGAACGGAGAAGGAGACGCGAAAGUGAACUUUGAAUUACAAAGCAAAGGUGGUAUAUUGGCACGAGCGUGCGAGUAUAUUACAAAAUUAAGAGAGGAUCAGGAGAAACUGAUUCAAAGUCUGGAGGAGAAUGCACAGUUAACAGAAGAAGCUAAGAAUCUUCGACAAGUAGUGAGUGAUUUGAGAAGUGAGAAUUCCAAAUUGAAGGUCCAAAUUACAAAGGACAACGUAUUUGUACUCGGCUCUUAGAUUGUAUUAAGGAUUAACAUUAGAUAAUUUAUAGACUUUAUUAAAACUAUUUCAUUGCUAGUGUACACGUGCACAAACACAUAUACAUAUUUUUUUUUAUAUAUAACAGUAUCGUAGAUAUUAAAUAAAGAUAGAGAAAGAAAUCUGAACAAGA